AUGGUCGGCUCCAAGGAUCUUCCGCCGUCAACUGUCCCAUUUCGCAACAUCUUCUUUCGCAAUCAAUUUCGAGCCAAACCACAAUGGCCUUCACCGGACACAGAUCUCUCAGGCAAGACAGCAAUUAUUACCGGAGGCAACUCUGGGCUUGGUUAUGAGUCCGCCGUCCAACUUCUCAACCUCAAGUUGUCACACCUAGUCCUUGCAGUGCGUUCUCAGAAGAAGGGGCAGAUGGCUGCUACUAAACUUUGUGAACGGUUCACAAAAGCCAAGAUUGAAGUUUUGCUGUUGGAUAUGUCCUCAUACAAUUCAGUUCAGACUUUUGCACGGCAAGUGGAAGCUUCACUAUCGCGCAUUGACUUUGUUCUUCUCAACGCAGGCGUGAGAAAAGUUGAUUUUACCAUUGUCGAGAGCACCGGCCAUGAAGAAAACCUACAAGUCAAUUAUCUGUCCACCAUGCUGCUCACAGUUCUUCUUCUGCCCAUUCUCAAAGCUAAGCGUGUACCGAGCGUUACACCUGCACAUUUGACAAUUGUCAACUCCAUGCUCAGUCUGGGUGUAACACUUUCCAACAAGAGUGAAACCUCACUAUUUCAGUCACUUGACAAUCCUCAAAACUUCAGCGCCGUACAACAGUACAAUAUUACCAAGCUACUAGCUCAUAUAUUUCUCUGGAAUCUUGUCGACUACGUCUCCGCCGAUGAUGUUAUCGUCAAUCUCGCCGAUCCUGCCUUUGUGAAAGGUACCAGUCUACUACGCGAGGUCCCAGUACCGGUGAGAAUGGGCAUGAGAGCUUGGGGCGCCAUUGCUGGAAGAACUCCACAGGUGGGUGCAUCAUGUUUGGUCGAUGCGAUGGUGAACAAAGGGAAGGAAUCCCAUGGAGGUUUUCUUAUGAGUUGGGAGAUUCAUCCGUUUGCAGCCAUGUUGUACACAACGGAAGGUGAUAUUUUAAGACAGCGGCUGUGGGAGGAGACUCUGACUGAGCUGGACUUUGCGGGUGUUCGGAUUAUUCUAGAGUCAAUGAGAGCAUGA